AUGUCCACACUCAGCGAAUCCCCAUCUGAUGAAAGUCACCUUUCCGAAUCUACUUAUGAAUUCAUUGAUACAGAUGAUGAGAGUCAUGAUGAGAAUGCUACCGAGUCUAUAGCUUCGGUUGAAUUUGGUCAUCCAGAUGACAUGCAGAGCCUUGCAGAUACUGAAAAUACUGAUGAGAGUGGGGAUGAACAUACACACGAUUCUUCAAUUCCUGCCUAUGGUUUGGAUAAUUCAAUCAAUAAUUCUUUCAAUAAUCCUACCAUCGGUCGAAAUUCUGCUGUCUUACAUGACGAUUCCGAUACCGCACUCUCACAAUCCAUCGAAUUUGAAGAACCAUACGGUAGCCUUGGGGUUGAGAAUGUAUCAGUCAAACAUACAGUUGCAGAGUUCACCGAGGAGGAGAAUCAAACCAUUGCACGAGAUAUGAAUAUGCAAAAUCCUCCAAAUCAUUUAAUCCUCACUAUUCGACAGACGAUGACGAAGCAAGGCUUAUCGACCAAAGACCCACUCCGAAUCCUCUAUAUAGGCAGCCAUGCUGCAAAGCAGGAUAUCAUACACAAGAUUGCAAGCUCGGUCACUGCUUCAGUUGAAGGUCAGGAGCGUUCAAGUCGAAGCCCUUCUCAAAUCUACAAUGUUGUGCCAGUAUCUGCAUUUGGUUCGGAGAAAACACCAGAAAUCGAGCUCAUGCAUUCAUCUGGUUAUCAAAUCAAGGUUGAUGACUGUGUGUCUGCUCAAAACCUACAAUUCGAGGAUCAUCCAGAAAAGCCCGACGUCAUUAGGUUAAACCUCGAGGACCCUUACUCUUACCAUUCUGUUCCAGAAAAAGAUCACUUCAUCAUUGAGCCGGAAUGGGAAUUACCACAUGUGGCAAUUUUCUACUGUUCUGAUAGCGAUGAUUUACAAGCACGACGCACACGUACCAUCGCCAGAAAGUUCAUGGCUCGUCAUGCCAUACCGUCCAUCGUCAUUUCACACAAGCAAUUACUGAACAAAGCUCAAUGCCUGUCUUUAGAUCAGCAUUCCAUUCAUAUGUGCUUAGAAUCUCGAGAAACAAAUAGCAGAGGGAAUAUCAUCCAUCGUCUACCAAUAGAUCUUAACUCCUUCUUAAACAUCGAUGCUAGGCAGAUGAAUAGAAAUCUUGCCUACUUGACUGGUCUUCAUGAACCUGCGAGUUUAUCUACGCCACCAAUUCCUAAGAAGCUUGAUAAUUUUGCAAUCCCUACGAAUCGGGAAAAGUCAGUGAGCUCAGAAUGGAUCCAUUUUUUUGCAGAGUGGAGAGCCUUACUUCCAUAUGGUUUGCUUGCUUUGAGUGUUCUAUUUGCUCUCUUCACCCACGGCAUCCCCACUUAUUCCUUUUCAAACCAAUCGUCAAUUUCUGUCAACAGCAAAACCAUGUCAGCCGCACCGAUGACUACAACAUCUACCAUAGGAUCAGCACCAUUUGUGAGCAUUGCCUCCGGUACUCGAGCCACCAUUACCCCUUCCCCCUCGGUUGUGAAUUCAUUACCGCCAAACAGUUUGUCAAAACCUCAACUAGACUUUGCAAAACUUACGCAAGCCGCUCAAAAGAAAUCAGGCAAAUGUGGUUCUUGUACAGCUGAGAUCUUGGGAGAUAGAGAGGUAUUGAUUCGGAUUCCGCCCGCAAUGAAAAUCAGUUGGCUCACUAAGUUGGCAAUGUCGGUCAACAUCACUAGAGACAAUGUCACAGUUGAUACGGAGCGUGCAUACAGUUCGGACGAUGGAAUUGUAUUAUUACUUCCAAAGAAGGAAGCCCAUGGUGUUCUUAACAUUUCGGUUGUUACUACCAAGAAGCCACGCAUCAACGAGACUUUCCAAGUUGAUUUUAGAACUAGUUCUCUUCAAACCAUGCAAGAUCUUCUAGAUAGAUUUUAUGCCUUUUUCAGGGAAGAUACUAUCAUAGCUGAUGGUCAAACUCUUGCAGAUGUUCGUACCGCUGCCGAGAAGAUUAUCAAAGAUGUACGCCAAUCCUCUCAAUCAAAAAUAGCCAACAUCGAUGAAGCGAAACAUCUAGCUAUGGAUCGAGCAUCCUAUAUUACCGCACAACUUACCAAUUCAGCAAGAGAUAUGUCUUUUGAGGCUGCCAAACGCAGUGCUCGCAUUUCACAUGAAAUUGGCUCUCAACUAGCAGGUGUGGAGAAGGUUAUUGCCGAGCAAUUGCAUUCAUUACAGAAUAUCGGGUACCCAUUAGAUGAGGGAAUUCUUAAGGCUCAAGUCAGAUCCAAGUCUUUAUGGUUAAAAAUGCAAGGAAAGAAUGCGGAGGCGAAGGAGUAUGAACGCAGAGCUGCAAUAGCUAUGAGUAAGAAGGCUAAAGAGGCAGAAAAAUCUGAGGAGACACCUUUGCCCAAACCACAGAAGACAAAGUUUCAGUUGUGGAAGGAAAAGAGAGAUACAUAUAGGGCUGUUAGAAAGGAAGAGAGAGCCGUGAAGAAAGAAGCUAGACAAGCAAUCAAAGCAGCAAAUAAGGAAGCAAGAGCUGCUGCUAAGAGAGCAGGAUGGACUGGGAAUUGA